AUGGUUUAAUUGCGGAAAUCGGAAUCGGAGUUUAUUAUAAAAUAAAAUUGUUCGUCUUUUCUUGAAACCAAAAUAAAAAAAAACAGGUGUUUUAAAUUAAUAAAAAUAUUUAUUUGUACAACUUUGUAAUUUGUAUUUACAUUUUACAUCAAAGAAUAUAUUAUUACUACGGUUGAAAGUUGAGACUUGAGCUUGACUAUUUUGUUUUUUAAUUUAAAGGCGCAACUUUACGUCGUACUCGUAUUGUAGGUGCUCAUGGAGAAAAUUAUGUUAAAAGUUUAGUGGCUCGUACUUCUGAAAUUAUAAAUUUGUGCAUCAUGUCUUCGGACGCCAUAAACAUAUCUCGGCGCAAGUUGAACGAAGUUUUAGGCGACAAGUCUUCAAAAUAUUUCAACCACAUGAAACAGUGGUUUCGUAUGAAACUUACGAAGGAAGAAUUUGAUAUGGAAGCUCGUGCUUUACUGAGUGCUGAUCAAGUUCGGUUCCAUAAUGAGUUUUUACUUGCACUGUUGAACAAAGUUGAGGGAUUGGCUGAAACUUCGAUAACAAUUGCCCACGAUAAAGCCAUCUCUCACAGCAGAAAUAGUAGGCGGCAUAAAAGAAACUCUCGUACUUCGGAAAAGUCUAACUUUGAGCCGGCUGACUUGCUGGAGUAUUUGCCGCCCAACUCACCACCUGGUGCUGGAAGUGAUGGUGUUAAAUAUGCUGUACAAGAAAUAUUCCUCCCAGACCACGCUUUGGUGGUGGGUCGGUUCAUGCUGGCUGCUUGGGAGCUUGGACUAGAAGGAGCUGAAGAUGAUGCAGCAGACAUCAUAGUUGUCGCUGUACAGAACUUUCUCAAAAAUAUUAUAACUGCAGUCUUAUCACAAAGAAAAGGAUACAAGUUAAGAAACAAGAGGUUCAUGUAUGACCUCGGUGGAGACAUGCCAAACAUGUGGCUGAGGAAUAGUAGCAUGCUGUACGACCCCCAGAGUGAGGGACGCGUCCAUGUGGACGACAGUAUGGAUGCUCUGGGGCCUCGCUGUCCUCCCACCAUUGAUGAAGUGGAGCAGUCUGCUGCGUUUGAAAUUGCUUGCAGCGGACCCAGCACAGAGCCAAAUGAUGACAAACUGACAAUAGAAGAAUUCUAUAACACAUUGCUGACACACAAGAAUGUGAUAGCUUGCCAUUCAGUGUAUGCAGUUAAUAUGGAGAGGCUCGCUGUUAUGUUGAACCAUCCUAGCUACUGAUAGAGUUUAAACUAUUCUUAAGUUAAAAUAAAACGCCUACCUAUUUAAUA